AUGAUGCCUGAACUUGAAACCAUUGAUCAUCCUGUAGAUAAGGAGCAUUGGGUAUCUGAAAAAAUCAACAUGAUUGUUACUGCAAUAGAAUCGGGCACAGAUGAACUUUCUUCGGAUGAGAAUGUGAGAAAUGCAUCAAGAAGUUUUAGACAGAUAUUUGACAUUUCACAUUCUGAACGCUUUGUUAGCUGUGAG